GCCGAAGCUUUUAGUGACGUACCUUCCCCCGCAAAUGAAGCUCGUUCCAUUCCCAGGGUCACUCAGCUGAGCUCCUAUCUGAGGUGUCUCAAGUCCCGGGUGUCUUGGCCACUUCUCAUGCCAUCCAACCGAAGCUUGUCCUGUUUUUCGUGUCAAGGUUUGCUUCCUCCUCUCCAAACUCACCUUUCCAACUUCAUCGCUCCAUCUAUUCCAGAGCUGCCAGCCAAGUGCGGGGUGCAUAAAACGUCCAGACUUUUGGCUGCGGUUCAAUUCAUCCAAUUGAUUCCAAACACCACCCUCCUUGUCCCCGGCAAUACAUCCGCUUUCCCCUCUCACAGACGCCAGUGUCUCCCUACCUACCUCAUCUCUACCCACGCUAUUGCUGCAUUAUCGAACCGUUCAGUUCAAGCUGCGGCACCCCUCAGAAAUAACCAGGCUUUCUGCCUGCAUAGGACCGAAUCACACGACUGACUGACUGCAUUGUCGCUGUGCCUGCCACUGCCUCUAAUUGCUGCUGCCGCUGCCACCUCUGUCUCUGCUUCACUCCGACCGUCCUCUGCCCGAGUCGAUCGAUUCACACCACCCUCCAUCACCGUUUUCGCCAAUAACAGUCCUGCCACAAAGUAGAUUGACGUCCUGUGACACGCUUCCUGAGGAUUCUGGAUUUGUUGCAACCGACGAACCUCUACUUGCAAGGCUCCGUUUUCGGCCUGCCUUGUAAAUCCGGCGUACAUCCGAUAACAUAUUCAACUUUGACUGAACAUACUUACUACCUCGCCUUACCCUCAAUCAUCACGACUUGUAAUAAUGCUUUCUCGUCGUGUCCUUCGGGACGCAGCCACCCCUCUCCGCAGCGCCUCGCGGUGCUUUGCAACCACGGCUGUAGCUAGGCAACAAUCCAAGCAGAGAACACCCUCCCUCGCCGAUAUCGAACCCAACAGGCAGACGACCUUUGCGGAAAAGCAGAAGGCAUUUCGGCAGCAGUUAGCAGAGGCGCAGAAACAGCGCGAUGCCAGUUUGUCCACUUCCUCCCCUACUUCCUCCACUUCCCGUUCCUCGCAGAGCAACUCCGACGUCGAUGGCAUCCCAGGGAGCGGACAGGGCUUGGGCUCACUUAGCACCGCCAACUCUAAAGGAACGGCCGUCGAUGCUGCCAAGGCUGCGGAUCCGGAAGAGCCUCCGCGCAAGCUUGGCCCGCUGACCAGCCUAAUCUACGGCACAAAGGAGGGUCGCGAGAUGGAUGCCCAGAUCGAGGCCAGCUUCAGCCAGGUGCUUGCACGUGGCAAGUACGUACACUCUAUCGUGUUUCACGAGGUCAAGCACAAGAAGACGGACGAGUACAUCGAUCUCGUUGGCAAGUGGUAUCCUCGCAUGGCUUCGAUGCCUGAGAAUAAGGUUCAUCUUGUUGGAAGCUGGAGGACCGAGGUUGGAGACUGCAACACAUUUGUUCACAUUUGGGAGUAUCAGGGCUACAACGGAUACCAUGAAUCACUCAGCUCGAUUUCGAGGCACCCAGAGUUCCCAGCAUUUAACGAUAAGCUCAAGAGCCUCAUUAUAUCCAAGAACACGUCACUCAUGCAGGAGUUCUCCUUCUGGCCCACGACGCCGCCGCGCCAGCUGGGUGGACUCUUUGAGCUGCGAUCGUACACGCUACACCCGGGCAACCUCCUAGAGUGGGAGACACACUGGCGUAGGGGACUGAAGGCCCGCCGUGAGGUCAUGGAGGGCGUGGGAGCAUGGUUUGUCCAGAUUGGAGACCUCAACACGGUUCACCACCUUUGGCAGUUUGCCGACCUUGAGCAGCGCAAGGUUACGCGUGAGAAGAGCUGGGGCAUUGAAGGUUGGAGCGAGACGGUGCACAAGACAGUGCCGCUUAUCCAGACUAUGAAGUCCAGGAUUCUGGUCCCACUGCCGUGGUCUCCAGUCGCUUAAGACGUCCCACACUUGUCCCAGUCGCCUAUAUUCGAACCAAUGACCAUCCGGGCCGUUAGUUUUUAGCAUACUUGUACACUGCGAUCGCGUUGCAUGGUGCAUUCUUCUGUGUUUAGGAGUUUCUCAUUUGUCAUUUUUAGGCUCAUUAUGGUUGUUUGUUGGAAUCAGCUGUGCUGAUAUUAGUACAUUUAGAUUCGGUGCAAUAACAAUUGAUAUCCAGCUCAUUUUGUCAUGGAAACCCGACCAUUGUGAAGUGAUCACUUGAGCC